CUCCAUCCCUGCCCCUCCGCUGGGAUGCUGUGGGCUUGGGGGGAAGAGGGAGCCGGCAGUGGGUGCUGGGCCUGGGGGCAGGAGGAGAAGGGAAGGAGAAGCAGGGUUGAGGAACAGAAUGGUCAAACGCUGCAGGUGGGAGGAGAAGGUGGGAUUGUGCGAGAGAAGGGGGAAUAGCAGGAGGAAGAGGAGUGUGAGGAAGAGCAGAGACACAGGAGGAGCAGGAGGAGGAGCAGAAAGAGCUGGUACCACAAGGUUUCACCCCUCCCUGAAUCUGUAGCCUCCCCCAGAGCCCCAGGAGCAUGUCCCCACCCCCCCCCCCACCAUGCAGCAGGUGUCCAGGGAGGGAGAUCCACAGAUUUGGCGGGGGUGAAUCUUGGUGUUUCUGAGCUUUAUUGUGCUAAAUUUUGGUGCUUUGGUUUUUUUGUGGGUUCUUUAUAUUUUGGAGGGGUUUUGGCUAAAUCUUGAUGUAUGGGGACUUUUUGAUCUGUGUCUUGAAGUUUGUAGGAUUUGUGCUGAAUUGUGGGAUUUUGGAAGUUCUUACAGACACAAAAUUCCCAAUGACCUAAUGAGAUGCUGUUGGGCAUGGAGGAACUCCUAGUCCAAGCUGCUCUCAUCUUGUUUUUCUCCCCAAACCAGGAUUUUUCAUUCCCAGGGUGUGGCCACAUGGAGGAAGAGGAAAAGCCCCGGAGAUCCGUCAGGAGGAGGGGCUGCAAACCCAGCCCAGGGAGCUGCAGGGAGGAAAGAGCCCCCCUGAGACAGGAAGGUGGCCGGAGAUCCAGCCGGAGCUCAGAGCUGGUGGAGAAGCCUCAUGGCAGGGAGAAGCCCCACAAGUGCUUGGAAUGUGGGAAGAGUUUCAGCAGGAGUUCCAACCUAAUCGAGCACCAGGUGAUCCACACUGGGGAACAGCCCUACAAGUGUGGGGAAUGUGGGAAGGGUUUCAGCUGGAGCUCCAGCCUGAUCCGGCACCAGAGGUUCCACACUGGGGACCAACCCUUUAAAUGUGGGGAAUGUGGGAAGAGCUUCAGCCAGAGCUCCAGUCUGACUCAACACCAGAGGAUCCACAGUGGGGAAAAGCCCUUUGAGUGUGGGGAAUGUGGGAAGAGUUUUAGCCAGAAGGGCCAACUGAUGCAGCACCAGAUAAUCCACACCGGGGACCGGCCUUAUGAGUGUGGGGAAUGUGGGAUGGGCUUCAGCCAGAAGGGCCACCUGACGCAACACCAGAGGAUCCACACUGGGGAAAAGCCCUAUGAGUGUGGGGAAUGUGGGAAGAGCUUCAGCCAGAGCUCUGGCCUGAGGAAACACGAGAGGAUCCACACUGGGGAAAAGCCCUAUGAGUGUGGGGAGUGUGGGAAGACCUUCAGCAUGAAGUUCCAGCUGAUGGAACACCAGAAGAUCCACUCUGGGGAGAAGCCCUACAAGUGUGGGGAAUGUGGGAAGAGCUUCAGAGAAAGCUCGGCCCUGAUUCGGCACCAGGUGAUCCACACAGGGGAACGGCCCCACACCUGCUUGGAAUGUGGGAAGAGCUAUGGGUGGCUCUCUGACCUGAGAAAACACCAGCGCAUCCACACCGGGGAGAAGCCCUACAAGUGUCCUGAGUGUGGGAAGAGGUUUCAGAUCAGCUCCAGUCUUAUUGUACAUCAGAGGAGUCACACGGAUGAGAGGCCCUUCCGCUGCCCCGACUGUGGGAAGGGCUUCAAGCAAAACUCCAAACUCACCAUCCACCGGCGCAUCCACACUGGGGAGAGGCCCUACGAGUGUGCUGAGUGUGGGAAGAGCUUCUCCACGAGUUCAAUCUUGACCAAACACCAACGGAGGCGCCACUAAGGGAAGCCCAGUGAGUGCCCCGAGUGCGGGGAGAGCUUUGUGCGCUGCUCCAGCUCCAUCCCCCAUGGGAGGAUUGCAGCGGCGCCAUUGGCGGAGCGUCUGUGCGGGCCCGGGAGCGGCGGCAGCGGCCGGAGCGCGGGGAGGCGGCGGCGGAGCUCGGAGGCGGCCCCGGCGCAGGGUUUUAUAUUCCCAGGGCAUGGCUGGAUGGCGGAGGAAAAGCCCUGGAGAUCCCUCAGGAGGAGGGGCUGCAAACCCAGCCCAGGGAGCUGUGGGGAGGAGAGAGCUCCCCUGAGUCAGGAAGGCGGCCAGAGAUCCGGUCGGAGCUCAGAGCCGGUGGAGAAGCCUCAUGGGAAGGAGAAGCCCCACAAGUGCUUGGAAUGUGGGAAGGGUUUCAGCCACAGCUCCAGCCUGAGGCAGCACCAGGUGAUCCACACUGGGGAGAGGCCCUUUGAGUGUGAAGUGUGUGGGAAGAGCUUCAGCCACAACUCCAUCCUCAUCCAACACCAGAGGAUCCACAGUGGGGAAAAGCCCUUUGAGUGUGGGGAAUGUGGGAAGAGCUUCAGGCAGAGGGGCCAACUGAUGCGACACUAUGUGAUCCACACCGGGGACCGGCCUUAUGAGUGUGGGGAAUGUGGGAUGGGCUUCAGCCAGAAGGGCCACCUGACGCAACACCAGAGGAUCCACACUGGGGAAAAGCCCUAUGAGUGUGGGGAAUGUGGGAAGAGCUUCAGAGACAGCUCAGCCCUGAUUCGGCACCAAGUGAUCCACACUGGGGAGCGGCCCUACACCUGCUUGGAAUGUGGGAAGAGCUAUGGGUGGCACUCUGACCUGAGAAAACACCAGCGCAUCCACACUGGGGAGAGGCCCUACAAGUGUCCUGAGUGUGGGAAGAGGUUUCAAAGGAGCUCCGAUCUCCUCGUACAUGAGCGGAUUCACACAGAGGAGAGGCCCUUCCGCUGCCCCGACUGUGGGAAGGGUUUCAAGCAAAACUCCAAACUCACCAUCCACCGGCGCAUCCACACUGGGGAGAGGCCCUACGAGUGUGGGGAGUGUGGGAAGAGCUUCUCACAGAGCUCUCACUUGAUCCAACACCAACGGAGGCACCACUAAAGGAAGCCCAGUGAGUGCCCCGAGUGCGGGAAGAGCUUUGUGCGCUGCUCCAGCUCCAUCCCCCAUGGGAGGAUUGGUGCUGGAUGAUCCCCAGUGACCCUGGUUGAGCAGAGCUCUGGUGAUCUGUGGUCCUGGUGAUCUGUGUUGGGGAGACACCUGGCUGGGAGGCUCCACGUCUUCCUGGUUCCCUGUGGGCACCUAGAUAAACCCAGUGGCAGGAACAUCCAUCAGGACACAGACCAACCAUGGGAAUUCCUUGGGGAGAACAUUUUUGUCAACUUUGAGCCCCAUAAAAUCUUUGGCAUUUAAUCCUAUCUUCUGGUGGUAUCAAGGAGUUUUGAAUGGCCUUGGAGCUAUGUCCUAGGUUGACUAUAUGAUGCUUCUAUCCCCAGUUGUCUGUUUUGUUUAUACUGAAUAAUAAGUUUUGCACCUUCAAGAUUUGUCCUGAGAGUGAACAGGGGAGAGAAAAGCGCAUGGUUUGUUUUGAGACACUGCACUCACUCCUCCACAUUCCUGCUCCCGCACUGUGUUGUCUGCAGAUGGAGAGACACCGGGACAGAGCUCUCCUUGCCUUUUAGUUAAUUUUAGCUUGCUGAGGCAAAGAAGUUCCCCGGACUGUGGGGUUUUUUUCCCUUUUCUUUGGAGCUGUUUAAACCUGCUCUGGCCUGAACACCAGCAGAGCAGCGGCAGCUCGCACCUGUGGCCACCGGGCCGGGCCUGGGCCGCGGCAUUUCCAGCACCAGAGGGACUGAAUGAGCCCAGCUACAGCCCACGGAGGGGACCUUGUGAGUUUGUCUCUCUUUCAGAGCGGCAAGAGGUUUUAUUGUUAAUGAACAGGUUUUUCCACUUUUCUCCAAGGAGGUAUUUUAUUUUUCCAAAACCGGUUAAGGGAGGAGCCGAUUGAAUCUGCUUUCUAGAGGAGCCCCUUUGGGGGUUCUCUCCCAAAUUUGCCCUGAACCAGGACAAGGUCUUCUCCAACUUCAGGGAUUCCAUGAUUUUGAUUUCCUAUUGCCCAAGGGUGUCUUCUGCAGCCAAAUGGUGAAAAACUGGGGAAAAGACCAAGAUUUUGGACAUAGUGGGAUGAAAACUCCACCAAAAAAGGUUCUUGCCUUCUGCCAAAGCACGUGAAUCCUCAGCUGGCCAGGAUUUGUCAAUCCCAAACUUUGAUCGAAUGGAGAAGGAGGAGGCUGUGAGGAAAAAGAAAAUGGCCUGGGACACUGAGGCAGGCACUGAGCUGCAGAUGGAGACCAGGGAGGACAAAUCCCCAUGGCAGAACCUCGUGGAAGAGGCCAUUUUGAGUGGCUCCAUGGCACAGAAAUCCAACGGGGAGGAAAAGCCCUGGAGGUCCCACAUAAGGAAGGGCUGCAAACCUAGCCCAGGGAGCUGUGAGGAGGAAAGACUCUCCCUGUGCCAGGAAGGUGGCCAGAGGGAAAUCCAGCUAGAGCUUGGAGCUGGUGGAAUAUCCUCAGGGCGGGGAGAACCUCCACAAGUGCUUGGAAUAUGGGAAGGGUUUCAGAUGGAGCUUCAGAACUGCAACCUGAUCCAGCACCAGGUGAUCCACAUGGGGGGAAUGGCCCUAAGAGUGUGAGGAAUGUGAGAAGGGCUUUGGGCGGAGCUCCAACCUCAUCAAUCACUGCAAGAUCCACAGCAGGGAGAGGCACUACGAAUGUCCUGAUAGUGGGAAGAGGUUUUGGACCAGCUUCCAUCUCCUCAUACAUGAGUGGAUUCACACAGAGAAGAGGCCCUUCCACUGGCCCAGCCAUGGGAAGGGCUUCAAGCACAACUCCACGCUCGUCACCUGUCACAGUUUCGGAGACAGACCAGUGACAAGACACACUGAGCUCAUGCAGCAGCAGUUCACUUUACUCAGAUCUUGCUCCCUUAGGUACCACAGGUGCCCAUGAGGUUAAUCCUCAUUGGCUGAGCCAGUUACUUCCUGCUCAGCCAGCCAAUAGGAGCCUGAGUCUCCAACGGCCUGGGCCUGUUCUUACUGGUCGAAUUAUGUAAGUAAGGUAAUUAUGUAACUGAUCACAUAUUUUCGUUAUAAUUUUAUAAUAAUUUAUACUUUGAGGCCUAUAGGUCAACUGUAGGCCACCACACACUGGUGCAUCCACACUGGGGAGAGGCUCCAUGAGUGUCCCAAUUGUCAGAAGAGCUCCAAGAGCUCUACCUUGACCCAACACCAACAGAGGCACCUGUAAGGAAAGCCCUGCAAGUGCCCUGGGUGAGGCAAGAGCUUCAUGCGCUGCUCCAGCUCCAUCCCUCUUGGGAGGAUCCCUGUCGGAAGAUCCCCAGUGACCCCCACUGGCCAGAUCCCUCCGCAUGAUUCCUGUUGGGUGUGGAGAAGGUGUUGGAGAGAUUUCUUCCCCCUUUCCUUGUCCUGCUGUGAUUUGGUUGGUAAUAAAUCCCCUCCCUGUGCCCAGGCUGGGUCUCUGAUGCCCAUUUUGGUGUUUGAUGAGGGAUCUCUCCCAGUCUUCUCCUGAUCCAGGAACUCUUGUUUAAAUUUUCUCUCCCCUGUGCUCCUGCAGGGGGCAGGGAUAGAGUGGCUUUGGUGGGUGCCUGACAUCAGGCCAGCAUCACCCAGGCCAUGGGCACCCCUGAGAUCCCAGUGUGGUGGUGCAUUGCCCCCUCCUCCUUUCCAGGCUGCUGUGAUCUGAGAAAUGCUUCUUAGGUCUUGUCCUUGGAAACAGCACCUGGGCUCAGCUCUUUCUGAGCUUAUCAGAAAUACUGUCUGCUCCCAGGAAGUGCUAAAAGGCUCCUGUUUUCCUUAUGGCCAGCCUUUGAAAAAUAUUCCUCUUGCCUGAAUGGCACAACAUUCCUUUCUCACACUUUUAGAGGAAGUGCCAAGCCAAAGUGUGGCUGGAAUGAAACGUUGUGACUGAAGCCCACUCUCUUGUGGCCCUGUUGUGAGAUUUGCAGGGGUCCAAGGGAAGAGAUGAGAAUCUUGACUCCAUGUUUCAGAAGGCUGAUUUAUUAUAUUAUGAUAUAUAUUAUAUUGAAAAUUCUGUAUUAAAACUGUACUAAAAUAAUAGAGGGGAAGGAUUCAUCAGAAAGCUGGACAGGAAAAGUCUUGUGACUCCCAGAGGGUCUGACCCAGCUGCAUCCUUGAUUGGUUAUGAAGUAGAAACACCUAACAGGGACCAAUCAAGGAAGCACCUGUUGCAUUCCACAGCAGCAGAUACUUAUUGUUUACAUUUCUUUCCUGAUGUGAUAAAUAGGUGUGAUUCAUGCUGGCAAAAUUGAAACAAUAAUCAAUAUUGAUACAGUAAUUAAUAUUUGGAGAUAACAAAAUAGUUUAAAAGUGUAAUGCCAGGAAGAAGGGAGGGGAGGGAUCUGUUCCCCCUUCUCCUGCAGAUGUUCAGAACAAGAAGAAGCCAGGGAUAACUAUUACUAAAUUUAUCUAAAAGAGAGGGAAAAUUUGGAUGGAAAUCAGGAAAAUGUUAAUUAUGCGAGAUCUAUUGCUUUAAUGUUAGAACAUGAUAUUGGCUUAUAUUAUGUUAGCUUUGGCUUAUACUCUACCAGCUUAGUGCACAUGUGUAAUCCAAAGGUGAAAUAAAUGACACCUGAGGAAGAGGAUAAGCCUUCCUCAGAUGACCCUCAAAGAGUGGUGCGACCACCUAAAAGAAUAGUGGAGCAUGCAUGAUGAAGGUGAUGAUAAGGGUGGAGACACAAGUGUGACAAAUCAAAAAUGGGAGGAGAUGGUGAUGACAUACAGCAUAAAAAGGGGAAUUGUAACUUGAUGACCUUGUACGUGAAGUGACAGCGGUCUCAAAGCCCUUGCACUCCGUACCCCGUGGUAAUUUUUUUGCUUAUGCGUUAUUAUCAAAACCAGAUUAUUCCUCCUUUUAACCCAAUUAUAUUGUCAAUAUUUUGAGUGUAUUCAAUUUUAUAUAUUCUAAACUACUUAAUUAAAAUUGCUGCUACAUUUAA